UCUGUGAGGUUUUCGUUAUUGUUACCACAGACUCAGCAGUGGGAAAGGCUGGCGUUCUGUGCUACUGGAAUUGGUUGAUGGGUGACUUGGGCCAACACAGCAGAGAAACCGUGCCAAUUUCAGCACGCUAAAGUGACACACAGUAGCCGCCGUGCUUCAAGGAGCUUCAUCUGUCCAUCUGCUGUUUUAGUCUGUGGAAGACAUCAGCGAAAGCAAAGAUGACAGUGGAAAGGAAAGUACCCCUGGGUGAUUCUAUUAUCACAAUCAGCACCGUUUCUUCUACAGCCAAACUCGCAGAAGACAGGAAGAAGGAAAAGAGCAUCGGCGACGAGUACGAUCCUUUCGCCGAAAGAAAUCUCGACAAUGCCUACUCCGACGUGGGCGCGCUGGCGCACCUGCUCAAGAGCAGCCUGGGCAGCGGAAUCCUGGCCAUGCCGAACGCCUUCCGGAAUGCGGGGCUCGCCUUCGGGAUGGUCGCGACCCUCUUCGUCGGGCUCAUCUGCACACACACCGUCCAGAUACUGGUGAAGUGCUCGCAGGAGUUGUGCCGGAGGACCAAAGUGCCCUUCCUAGGUUUUGGGGAGACUGCCGAGGCUGCGUUCAAGACCUCCUGCUUCGAGCGGCUUCGCUCUUACUCCAAGUUCGCCAGGAAUUUUGUCGUGCUAGCCAUCUUGUCCACCUACUAUGGAUCAUGCUGUGUCUACGUCGUAUUCAUUGGGGAAUCUCUUCACAAGGUGUGCGGCUACUACGUGCCGUGGAUGGACGACCUGGACGUGCGCGUGUACAUGGUGGUGAUGCUGCCGGUGUUCCUGGGCCUGGUGCUGGUGCGCCAGCUGAAGCACAUGGUGCCGGUGUCCGUGGCGGCCGACGUGGCGCUGCUGGUCAGUCUGGUGAUCACGCUCUACUACACGCUGUCCGGCGUGCCCAGCGCCAGCGAGCGAGACCUCAUCGCGCCCGUCUCGCAGCUGCCGCUCUUCUUCAGCACCGUCAUCUUCGCCAUGGAGGGCAUCGGCGUGGUGAUGCCUGUGGAGAACAGCAUGAAGAACCCGCAGCGCUUUCUGGGCUGCCCAGGCGUGCUCAACAUCACCAUGUCCAUUGUCGUGGGUCUGUACGCCAUCAUUGGAUUUUGUGGUUACCUGAAGUACGGACCAGACACCGAAGGCAGCGUGACACUCAACUUGCCAAGCGACGAGCCACUGGCGCAGUCCGUGAACAUCCUGAUCGCCUUGGCAAUAGUGCUGACGUACGGACUGCAGAUGUUCGUGCCUAACGACAUCAGCCUGACGCUGGUCAUGGAGAAGGUUCCGCCACACCGCGCAGAGCUGGUCCAGUACUGCUACCGCAUCGGGACCUGCCUCGCUACCGUUGCGGUGGCAGUAGCGAUCCCCAAACUGGAGCCGAUUAUUUCGCUUGUGGGCUCGGUGUUCGUAUCGACCCUGGGCCUCUUCUGCCCCGCUGUGCUGGAGACGGUCGUCUUCUGGGAAGACGGCAUGGGGCGCCUGAAUUGGCGACUCUGGAAGAACAUCUUCAUCGCUGCCUUCUCUAUCUUCGGACUCGUCACCGGCUCCUACGUUGCGGUACUGGAGAUCAUCCGCACCUACUCGGGGUAGAACGCCAGUUGUUCAGUGAAAGGCACUACGUGCAAGCUGUGACUACAUCGGUGAUGUGCGUUCUGACGGGAGACUGUCGGUGAUAUCGGGGUCUCCGGAACACUGUGUGCCUAACAAGUGCGUCGGAACGUCAGUACCGUGUCAUUACUUAGUGUGAAAUUUAUGUUCACACUGUUAUUUAUUUCGGCACGUUGAUCUUAGCGUGUUGGACACAAUGCCCGUUCUAUGGGCUCUCUAAAGAACUUUUGUCUUUCUAUAUACUUUAUUAUUUUCUGAAAUAAGAUUGACACAGGGCACAAAUGUUGGUAGCUUCUUGUUUAUUAUAAAGGUAAUUCCGUGUGAUGAAACAUUCUUGUCUAGUCAGAUACCUACGUAAUAAGCGUAAUGAGCACGUACAAAGCGGUGUGACUCUCGCAAUACUCCAUCAUCAAAUUAACUGACAUUACACUAUUUGCUACACUUGUGUAUGUUUGUAUGUCUGUUCAGUGCCACAUUGUCAUUUUAAGAACAUGUAAAUAGUAGAGUAUAAGUAUUUAAUUAUUUUUCAUAUUCUCAAAUAAAUUUUGUUUUACUGAUA